CCUUGCUAGAACAUAAAUAUUUGUGUCUCAGUACUCAGAUAAAAUUAAUUAUAUGUUAAAAUUUUGUGAAUUAAAAUGCCAAAACUCCACAUUGACGAGGUCUAUACAAAGGCCUCUACAUAUCCUUUAUUAGCAAACUUCCAGAAUGGAUACUUAAAUGAUGAAUUUAAACCAAAUUAUUGUAUGCUACUGCAAGACAAGCGGAAUGGAGAGAAAACCGUAGCCACCGUGAUAGAGAACCUUCUUUACUCAGGGCAAGAAGCUAAAGAGGAUUUGGGCAAAACUUUAGUUUUGGCGCGAAACAAACUUACAGGCAAAGUGAGGAUAGUGGAACACGGAAACGUUGAAUUAAAACCGAUCCUAAACAUAAAUAACAUCAAGUCAAACACUGAAUUGGACACGAGUUACUUGGAAUUGAGCAGGAAAUUCGGGUCGAAGAAACAGAAAAAGAAUGUAGAGCAACGCGAGAAAUUAAAGGUUAAUGUCACAACUGUCAAAGAGCAAAUGCACAAUGUAACAGUCAACAUUACUGAAGAUCAAUUAGACUUAUCGUCGUACACCAAAACUGACACUGAUGACUUCUAUAUUCCACCUAUAAAUAGAGAUGCAGACAGGGCAGAAGAUGUAUAUGAUCUUUACAAGAUAUUAAGCAAAGAGCAAUAUGAGAUAAUACACUCUGAAAUGAAAGAGAAAGAUUAUAACAAUGAAUUACUACCAUGGAUCAAAGACUUUGCUAUGAAAAAACUAUCAGAUGAACUAUCCGUCUUAUUACUUUAUGCUAGUUGUUCAUUGAAGUUAUAUGCAACUUUAGGUAGAGAUAUUUUGAAAAAGAACUUUGUUAUAUGCACAUCUUCAUCUACACUCAACGAUAUAAUACUAAAGAACUUCACCACAUAUGUCGGCGGCAGAAGGAAUAGACCUAUACAAUAUAAAGAUAAGGCAUUAUGUCAUGCGUUAGUGUUCUUAUUGUUGGUUAAUAACUUAAAGUGUGAUGUUGAAGAGAUAAGUAAAAAUGUAAAGUUUAGUGUAAGAACUUUAAUAGUUAAGUUUAAAUUAAUUGGAGCCACUAUUGUUACAUCUGGCAGCAAGAAAAUAGCACAUUUAAAGUUGCCUCUCGCUUCUGUCAACAUUGGCCGUAGGAGGCAAAGUGCAAAAUUUUAAUAAAUAUUUUUAUGGGA